AUGUGUGAUGCUGCAUGCAAUUCUGCCAAUGCGACUGGAUUGUUGACUAUUGCUGUAGCAAGAAGCGUCAGUUUUAAGCAGACACCUCAUGAGGCGAACGAAUGCCCACUUCAAGGAGUAGAGCCCCAGUUUCCCACGAUAACUCCAUAUAGACAGACACUUUUCGCUUUUUCAGACUUGCCUGUUUGGCCUGCGCCCGAGGUCGGGUCGGAUGGCAACGACUGCAGUUGCCAGGUCCACCAGCUUCGUCAACACUGCAGGAAUACCAGCCUGCCGAAGUGUCUCUACUUGAGUGCUCCAAGUGGUCGAGCCAAUGCAAUUGUUUUCCAAUUUGGCGCCAACCUUUGGACCUCUCGGUCAGACCUCCACCAGCAACAUUAUCUCACCAGCGCUUCUCUCACGCUGCCCUCUGAAUCGUCAUCCGCUGCCUCCUCUCUCCUCUACUCAAAUCACAUGCAAUUUGUGCUUCCGAAUGCCCUAGUUACCAGAACAGCCCCAACUGUCUCGGGAGAAGCAGGUAUUCCAGCGCGCACACCUCUUAACCACGACCAGACACCGAGCUGUCCUAAAUUUAUAGCCCAUAUGUAA